AUGAUUGCUGCAGAGAUCCCCACUCUUCCCGCAGGGGAGUCUCCAGAUCUAAUUCUGGUGCCGGCUUCGGCUGCGGAACGCAUUGCUUCGAUUAAGCUGAAUAGCGUGGCCUGGAAGGGCCCGCUGGAUGUGGAAACUUAUAUAGAACGCGAGAACCAUCUUCUUCGGCAACGCUUGACCCGGGAUGGUUUGACCUGCUGGAUCCUAGUGGACCGCAAUGAGCCCGAGGACCACCGCACGAUCCUCAGCUCGUGCGAGUCUUACCGGAAGACAGCGUUGCUGGCUCACAACGGGAAGGUGGAGGAGGUAUCCACGCACGGCGUUGGAAGUGUCUACUGCCGGCCAGAAUUCCGCGGGAAAGGGUACGCCAAGCGCAUGCUGGAAGAACUGAGCACUAAGAUCGAGACGUGGGAUAUGGAGAAGGAGCCACGGCGGAAGUCUCUGUUUACAGUGCUUUUCUCGGAUAUCGGAAAGAAAUUCUACGCGCAGUUUGGAUGGAGGCCAUUCUCGUCUUCGCAUAUAUCUUUACCGGCUAGUGCGGGGCAGGAGAAGGCGGUUACGAGAGAUCUGUUUGCUGAAGAUGUGCAGAAGAGCUUGUGUAGUGAGGCUGUCCUCGCUAAAUUGUGCAACCAGAUGCUUGUGGCAUCGCAGAAGUCGAGUGGUGCUAAGAUUGCCAUUCUGCCUAAUUUCGAUCACUUUGUCUGGCAUUGGGCGAGAGAGGAGUUUUAUGCCGAGAACUUGUUUGCAGAACGCUCCCCGCCUGUAGUCAAGGGCGCGGGUGAUGACCGGGCUCGCGUGUACUGCGCUUGGAACCGGAACUUUGGCGAGACGCCCGAGGACAAUGUCCUUUACAUUCUUCGGUGGGUGUAUGAUGAUCCCACUUCCCCGGCGGAGGAGCAGGCCACUAUCAAAGCUAUGGCUGCUAUCCUUCGUCGCGCACAGCAAGAAGCACACGAGUGGAACAUGAGCAAGGUUGAAUUCUGGAAUCCGACUCCUCUUUUGCAGAAGGCUGUGGCCUUGGUGGACCCCGAAGCUGAGCUUGUCCACCGCGAGAAGGAGAGUAUCUCCUGUCUGCGGUGGACUGGUGAGAAGCAAGGGCUGGGCAAAGACGUGGAAUGGUGGUUGAAUGAGAAGUACACUUGGUGUUGA